UCAACUGGUUUAGCUUCCUCAACAGGUAGAGGGAGAUGGUGUGCAAGAUUUCGGGAUCCGGACAGAGCACUUUUCUUUCUGUCAGCUAAAGGAAAGGUGUAAUUUAGGUGGUUUCUACGCGGGGAAGACAAGUCAUGAAGACAGCACUGCCUGAACCUACCUUGGUGUUUUCUCACUUUGUUCUCAAACAACUUAUCCACUGCUAGGAAUGAACGACGUUAAUUUAACUUUUCUUCUGUGUUGUAUAAUUGUUUCGCUCCUGAGAGUAGCAGUAAUUUAGUAGUAGCCUAUACAUUUAAAGACAACUGAGUUUCAUGAACGCGUAUGGAAUGAGAUGAGGCACAACUAUGGCACGCUGCUUAUUGUUUUCAGUAUGGGAUGUUUGUUUGUGAUCUCAUGGCACUCAGCUCAGAAAGAUUACACCUCAAAACAGGUGGACCUUGCAAGCCUGUUUGAGCGACUGCAGCAAGCGGAGCAACGAGCAACUGAGCUUACAACCGAGCUCAAUUUUGUCCUCAAGCAUCUCGAUAAUGUCACUCAGACCACCAACACCAGUUCUAGCCAUGCCCAGGGUGUGGAUAAGAAAGAAGACGUGAAUGCUUCUAUCUCCAUGUCUUAUCAGACCAGCUCCCUCUUUUACCUACCACACCUGCGACAUCAUAAGGACAGCCUUGUGGCUAAUGCAUAUCUGGGGAAAGGUCGCUCUGGAGUAUCACUGGUGUUGGGUAUCCCGACAGUUCACAGGCAGAAACAGAGUUACCUGGUGAACACCAUAGCUUCACUCCUCUAUGACCUCUCACCCCAGCAGAAAGAUGACAUGGUCAUCAUCAUCUUUGUUGCUGAGACAGACCCGGCAUUUGUCACAAGUGUGGCUGAGGAUGUGCGAAUGAAUUUUCCUGCAGAUGUUAGUGCUGGGCUUGUGGAAGUGAUCUCCCCACCUGCCAGUUUUUAUCCAGACUUCUCUGAGCUGAAGAGCACCUUUGGGGACUCCAAAGAUAGAGUCAAGUGGAGAACGAAGCAGAAUUUGGAUUUUAGCUUUCUCAUGAUGUACGCACAGCCGAAGGGAACCUUUUACGUCCAGCUGGAGGAUGACAUUGUGGCAAAGCUUGGCUACUCUGAUAUGAUGAAGACGUUUGCUACUGGUGUGUCGUCAGAGGAGUGGCUCUACCUAGAGUUCUCUCAGCUGGGCUUCAUCGGAAAACUGUUCAGGACUUCUGAUUUACCAAUGGUAGUGGAAUUCUUUCUGAUGUUCCACAAAGACAAGCCAAUAGACUGGCUCUUGGAUCACAUCUUGUGGGUUAAAGUCUGCAACCCUGAAAAAGACGCAAAACACUGCAAUGCUGAGAAAAGCAGAAUGAAGCGGAGACACAAACCAUCACUGUUUCAACAUGUUGGUCUCCACUCUUCCCUUCCGGGGAAGAUCCAGAAUCUAAAAGAUAAGGACUUUGGGAAGCAGCCACUCUUCACCCCCCAUAAGAACCCCGGCGCAGAGCUGAGCAGCAGCCUGAAGCACUACCAGACCCACUCACUGGACAAGGCCUACAGGGGACAGGACUUCUUCUGGGGCCUGACUCCCACCGCAGGAGACUAUAUCCACAUCCUCUUCCAGCAGCCACAGAGAGUGCAGGGGUACCUUUUUCGGAGUGGCAACAUUGAGACGAAUGGCGACAGGUUCUACAACACCACAGUGGAGGUGCUGCCAAGGGACAGAUCUGUGGUUGAGAGGGUUCAAAAAGGAGAACUGCCUCAAUACCAGGCAUCCUCAGAUGGUUUUAUUGUCAUUGGUUCUUUUGUAAACGGGUUGGCUGAGGGGGUGCUGGAUGCUGCUGUACAGGAGCUGACUGCCUUGCGCCUGCUGGUCCACACAGACUCUGAUGUAUGGGUUCUACUGAGUGAGAUGUUCAUUAAGGUUUAAUGGGGGGACAGGCAACUGAGUGGAGAGAAACCAGAGAAGUAAUUCUACAGUACCCCUCCACCAACAUUCAUGGCAUGACCUCUAGUGGACAACUGUGGAACUGCAAUGCACAUUAUCACUUUCCGAUAUUGAAGGACGACCUCAGGGUAUUAUUCUUGGUUUUUUGUUGUUGUUUUAAAGUAAAUUCGUCUAUUUUUGUAAUAUACAAUAAUGCACCCACGUGCAUUGUGUUAAAAACAUGACACACUGGAUUUCAUCUUGCAGAUUUGAACAUUUCCAUCCCUUUGCAUGUAGCCUUUAUUGUUUAUUGUAUUGUUUUUAUUUUAUGUUUUUGUUUAUAUUUUAUGUAAUUAUUGGAUCAAAAAUGCCAAAUAAGGGUUUUUAUUAUAUAUAUAUACUAGUAUGAAUGAUGUAUGUGCAUGAGCAGUGAGCAAGUCAGCAGGGAGAAUAAAGUCUUUUUUUAACCUUAUUAAUAUUAA